GUUAUCAGCGAUCCAGGUCCAACAAUGGGGGUGCCCAUCUCUGCUCCCUUUGCUGGUAAGGCUACAGCUGAGACAGUCGUAUCCCAAGUGGGCACACAACUUAAACCUGGGCUUGUUGGAGAUAACGGAAAAGAUUUGUAUACUCUCGGUCUCCCCAGGAGACUAGGUCUUACCAAGCGGUCCUGACCUUAAGUGAUUGGUUUCGGAGCUUCCUCUAGCCUUGGCUGGCUGGAGACAGCCUGCUCGCGAUAAGCAAAUGCCCUAGGGGAAGGAAAACCCUGACAAAAACCCCUCAACCCCCAACUCGUCACAGGGUCACUUGGCACAGAGGUAGUUACGUGUCUACGAGGAUCCUGCGGGGUAUCUGGCGACCCCCGCAGUACACAGCCUUCCCUGUGGUACGCUGCACUGCCACUAGGAGGCGACCCUCUUAUGCCUACUCGUGGGAACUAUAUGGAAGCUUAUUAUGUUGGUGGACGGGAGCUAAUCCGUAAAAAUGGACAGCGGAGCAGACGCUGUAAAUUCUGCAACGAAGGCUCUGGGUACGCAGACGGCGUUGGUCAAGAGAAAAAGCACUAAUCAAAUUACUAAUCGGAUUACAGGAUUAUUAGUCACUCAAAACGUAUGACGAUCAAUUUGUUGUAUCAUUAUUGUUGUUAUUAUGGAUUCCAAUAAUGAUUCAUCAGACACAUUGGAUUGUGAAGAAAUUGUCGAGGAAACCUUGAUUCACGUUGUCAUGGAUAAUGCUGACGAAAUGUCCAUUUUGAAUCCUAACAGCAAUGUCCGAGUGUUGGCUGUAGAUUCUGAUUCUCCAGUAUUACAGAUCGAAAACAAGAUUUUUCAUUUUAACGAAUGGAGAUAUAUAACUGGAACAGCUAUGUUUUUUGAGAGGAAGAACGAGGUGAAAAAAAUUGAUCCUCUGUAUGAUAAUAGAUGUGGUACUGUUUUACAAUAUGUUGGUUCCACUCGUAAAUGUUUAGAAAUGACAAAAAAGGAAAAUAUUCAAUAAUCUUUUAUUUUCUCCAAAUCUAGAAUAUUGUUUAUUGAUAUUUUUCAUGUUAACAUCUGUAUACUCUAAAUAAUUUUGUACAUUAUAUUAGCAUAAAAAUAAAAACAUAUCUAUACAAAUUAUCAAUAAAGUAAAUUACUAAAAUGUUGACAA